AACUCUGUUUUCUGAGAAAUGUGCAACAGUCAUCAGGCAUAUUUUGAAGGUUAGAGAAGAGAUACCUGCGUAAUUUUCCUGUCAAGUCACUCCGAGGACUUGAGAAAAACAACGUUUUCUGGUUUGCAGUGAUUUGUGCCGGACAGGCUACUGAACAUAAGACUGGCACCAUGAGGAAGUGGAUGUGGGUGGCACUGGUACUGUGCACCCUCUUUGCUUUGGCCCUGGCACAAGGUUCUAGCCGGAACAGUUCACAGCUACGAAAGUUGAGCCAUAGGAACAGGAACACAAAGCUGGCCUACAACAGCAUCUUCGAACCUCAGACGACAGGAGUGACAGAGUGGACAUCCUGGUUCAACAUUGACCAUCCUGGUGGUAAUGGGGACUAUGAGAGGCUAGAAGCUAUUCGAUUUUAUUACAGAGAGAGAGUGUGUGCACGGCCUGUCGCCAUGGAAGUUCGUACCACUGACUGGGUACCUGCUUCAGACACUGGUGAGGUGGUACAUUCCAGUCUGGAGAAGGGCUUUUGGUGCAUUAAUAAAGAACAGCCAUAUGGACGCAUCUGUUCCAACUACCAUGUGAGAUUCCAGUGUCCACCAGUUCAAACAUAUUGGACAAACUGGAGUGAGUGGGGUCCUUGUUCAACCACUGCCUGUAAUGAUGUGGGCAUCCAAGUGCGUCGGCGGAAAUGCAUGAGCACACAGCCUCUGCCCAAGCUGGUCAUGCCAGCUUGCCCAGGCCCUCAUGCUGAGCGGACAGAGUGCUCUACUCCACCUUGCGAAGCUAAGUGGAGUCAGUGGGGGACGUGGAGCACUUGCUCAGUGACCUGUGGGAAGGGUCGAAGAACAAGACGGAGAACUUGCAGCAGAUCAUCUGACACGGUCCGCUGCAGAGGACGACCACUGGAAGUCCAGAAGUGUGGAAAUACCCAAUGUCCAAUGUUGUGUCAACUUGUGUGUCCUGAGGGACACCCAAAUGAGGAGUGCAGCCACUGCAUUUGUGAGGGACAGACACUACGAGGGGAAGUCCUGAGUGUGACUGGAGUUCCAGUGUCUGGAGCCAGUGUGGCUGUGGCAGACCAGCCAAAGGUUAUCCGUGCCCAGACAGAUGAUAAGGGUUUGCUCAAGAUACAUGACAUGUGCUCAGGCCCUGAGACUCGGCUACUCAUCAGCAAGGAAAAGUUUGCUUCGGCAACUGUCCCUAUUUUCAGAAAUAGCAGUGAAAACCUCUGGGUUCGAGCUUUCCUCAGGUCCUCAGAGAAGCCAUACAUUCUCAAACACCCUGAAGAUAAAGUACGAUAUGAAGGACAACGUGUGACUCUUUGCUGCAAAGCAACAGGAACCCCCAUACCUGAUAAAUAUUACUGGUAUCACAAUGGAACUAUGCUGGACCAAAAAAUAUACAAGUACGAUGGAGACUUGGUAUUGCGUGAUCUGAAACCAGAACACACUGGGAUGUAUUAUUGCAAAGCCAAUAGUCUAACAGGAACCAUUAAGUCCACUUCUGCAUUCCUGACUGUUUUUGCCAAAGGAACCCCAGCAUGUAAUGCUACUCCUGAAAAUCACCUGAUUAAACUGCCUUUAGACUGCAAACAGUCAGCCACAAAAUCCAAGUGGUAUAAUGCUGGUCGUUGUACUAACAACAAAUGUCCUGGGUCACUGGACUUUGACCUACGAUGCAAAGAUUCAUCUAGUUUCUGCUGUGGGGUGAAGCAAAUGGAAACAAAGGAGAUCAAUUGUGGCAGCUACAUUCUUCCAAUAAAGGUUGUGACUGAAUGCGGUUGUCAAAAAUGUGUCCAACCCAAAAUUCUGGUACGGGGGAGAGUGGUUGCUGCAGACAAUAAUGAGCCCUUACGAUUUGGACACAUUUUCAUGGGAAAAGAACGAAUAGGAAUCACAGGUUAUCAGGGUGGGUUCACAAUUCAUGUGCCCUCUGACACCCAACGUCUGGUAGUGAACUUUGUGGACCCAUCCCAAAAGUUCUUAGAUACUCUCAAAGUGUUUGUUUUUGAUAAGAAGGGUGGUUCAGUUUACCAUGAUGUAAAAGUAAUGCGAAAGCAGGAACCAAUUGACAUCAACGCUGCAGAGAGCAACACUAUUUAUCUGGGUGAAAUAAAAGGGGAGGAGCCCAUUGGUCAGCUGGUCAUACCUCCCAACUCCUUCCACAAAGACACUGGGGAAAUGUACGAAGGCACGGUUAAAGCAAGUGUCACUUUCUUUGAUCCACGCAACGUCACAACAGCUGCGGCUAUGCCAGGAGACUUGAACUUUGUGGGUGAUGAAGGUGAUAUGCUUCCUUUGAGGACAUAUGGAAUGUUUUCUCUUGAUUUCAGAGAUGAAACAAAUCAGGAGAUCCUUGGAGCUGGUGAAGUCCAAGUGCUCCUUGAUACAGAACAUGUCAAAAUGCCAGAGCAUAUACCUACUAUGAAACUGUGGUCUCUCAAUCCAGUCACAGGUAUUUGGGAGGAGGAGAGUAAUUUUCAACCUACUCAGGUUACCACUGCUGGAAAUGGGAGGAAAAAAAGAGAGGAGCGCACUUUCCUGAUAGGGAACAUGGAAAUAAGAGAGCGCAGACUGUUCAACUUGGAUGUACCUGAAAAUCGCCGCUGCUACGUCAAGGUUCGGGCAUACAUGAGUGACAAAUUCUUGCCUACUGAGCAACUUGAAGGUGUGGUGAUAAAUCUUAUAAACCUGGAGCCCAGGCCUGGAUACUCAUCAAAUCCUAGAGCUUGGGGACGUUUUGACAGUGUGAUAACAGGACCAAAUGGAGCUUGUCUUCCAGCCUUCUGUGAUGUCCAGAGAUCUGAUGCAUACACAGCCUAUGUCACAGCCACAAUGGGAGGUGAAGAACUUGAAGCAGCCCCAUCUACACCAAAAAUGAAUCCUAACAUCAUUGGCGUAUUACAACCAUACUUAGACAAGUUAGAUUAUCAACGAUCAGAUCAUGAUGAUCCAGCACUCAAAAAAACUGCCUUUAGAAUAAAUUUAGCCAAGCCAAAUCCAAAUAAUCUGGAUGAAACCAAUGGACCAAUAUAUCCUUAUCAAAGUCUAAUCUCAUGUGAAAACGCACCCAUUGAUGCAAAUCAUUUCCGUUUCUUCCGUGUAGAGAAAGACAAAUAUGAGUACAAUGUGGUUCCUUUUCAGGAGAAUGAUCUCACAACUUGGACUGGGGACUACCUUUCAUGGUGGCCAAACCCACAGGAGUUCAGGGCUUGCUAUAUCAAAGUUAAGAUCCAUGGGGAAACAGAAGUUAUGGUCAGGUCAAAGAACUUUGGUGGUACCCAUUUUCAGACCAGGGGUCAGUUGUAUGGAAUUAGGGACAUACGCAGCACUCGUGACUUGAAACAUCCUAACACCUCUGCUGCUUGCUUGGAGUUCAAAUGCAGCGGAAUGCUUUAUGACCAAGACACUGUUGACCGGUCUCUAAUUACUAUCCUUCCACAAGGCAACUGUCGGAGAAUAGGCAUCAACAGUCUUCUGCAAGAGUACCUUACAAAGCACCCACCUCUUCUACAUAACAACGAGUCUCAUGCAUUUACCAUGUUAGCUCCCGUGGACCCACUAGGCCAUAACUAUGGAAUAUACACUGUCACAGACCAGAACCCACGCAUUGCCAAAGAGAUCGCCAUAGGACGCUGCUUUGAUGGUACCUCAGACGGUUUCUCAAGGGAGAUGAAAUCAGAUUCCGGAGUGGGUCUAACUUUCAGCUGCCCCAAAAGAACUGUAAACCGUGAGAGCCUGUUCCAGCGCUUGCAAACAAAUCCUAGUCAAACCUUGGCACAAAUGGCUCGGGACAUGAGGGAAUCACAGGGAACACAAGUUAGAAGAGGGUCAGCACAGGUGGUGGCAUAUCCUUCUGACCAACAGGGCAGGAUCCAGAGCCGCAGAGUUAGCAACAGCAGCAGGAGAAGAACUGCUACACGGACUCAACAAGGCAGUAGAUCUGCCUAAAUGUUGUUGGGAAGAUGUUGGCUGAAGACACUCACAGAAAUGAUGUAAAUGACAAACUUGGUCAGUCUGGACAUUAGAUACUCAGUGUUUUCUGAGCCAAGUUCCAUUAUUUUGCUAUAAACUCACUCUGGACAUGUUCUCUUCAGUUUUCUGAAGGGAAACGUCAUUUACAUGCUUCCUCAUUCCCCCAUAAUUACUUGAUAUAAUAAGAAAUGUCUUUAAUGUUCAGGAUGGACACUUUUAUUUAUUAGAGUUAUAAAAAAAAUAUCAAUUCAAGUGCAUUAUUUCAGCCUUUUUGGAUCUUACAUUUAUACCAUUUAAGUUUAAGAUUAGUAACUCCGUAGUGAGCUUAGAUGUACAUAAAGAAGGUUCCUGUUAUUCUGUUAAAGGUACUCACUGUAGGAGUGAUGCAUGUGGUUUAGUGGACUAGAGCCUAGAAGUAGAAACAAUGCUAGUCUGGCUCCCCCCUUUUCCAAAUUAGCACAAUAAUAGCUCAAAUGUAACUCAACCAUACUUCAGUUUGACCAAAGUAUAACUAAACUAAGCCAAAGAAAGCAAAAUGUGCCAGCAGUCUAAACAAAACCUGUGUUGAUACUUUGGACAGAAUAGCUGAAUAAUACAAUAGCCCUUGGUUUGGAAUUAGGACAUUUCCAUUUUUAAAGACUCCAAACUACCUCCUGAAUCUUUUCAACAAAAUUUGAGUCAAAGCAAUAAAAUUUAAGGUAUUGUUUAAAAUUCUGCAUAGCUUUAAUCAUAAGAGUAGAGUGUAGCAUGGUAAAUCCAAUAGUUUGUACAUAGGUUAAAGUAUAUUGUUCCUUAUGGGUGUCUGUUUGUCUCUUGACGUGCAAUAAUUCUGACAAUUACUUGAGAGUCCUAACCAAAUAAAAAUCUGCUAUGUUCAUUAGGACUGUUAAAAGUUGGGCUAAUCCCUAUGUAAGUUUAAGUCUGUUUCACAAACUAUGUAUAGUCAGCUUAUUAUCUAUUUUUAAGGAAUCUUAGCAUCCUAUAAGAACUAAGCAACUUUUCUUAAUAGUGUUCAUUUGAUGGACAUUUUGGAAUAUUUCAGCUUUACUGAAUUAGAGACUCUUCACAGUUUAUAGUGGAAAUAAACACAUUUUACCUGAAGUGAUAAUCUCAUGACGUGUAUUUACAGUACAUACACUUUAUUUCACCUUAUGAACAAUUACUGAAGAAUCUGGGUAAUCUGGAUGGUAUAGAAAUAGAGGUAUUUUCAUCUGAAGUAGACUACACCACGAUAUACAGACCCAUGGACUACAUCCAUUCCGAUUGCAAUACCUGACCAUUACUGGCUGAUUGCUGUUAUAGUAAAAAUAAAGAAAAUAGUUUGAAAUAUUCAAAACUAUCAAGCAGGACAACAAAAAAUAGGUUAUGCAUAUGAUGAGAUGAUAACCUCUUCUUUUCACCACUAACUAAAAAUAAUGCUACAGUUUUCUAGCUAUUCAUAAUAUUCUAUUCAUGGUUUCAAAUACUAUAUGUACAAAAGCAUAAGAUGCCUUUUAGUAGGUUUUUUUUUUUUUUUUUUGUAUAUGUGUUAGCAAGGGGGUGGACUCCAACUUUGAAAAUCCUCCCCCACUCCUGACACCAAAGCCCUUGAUAGCAUUUAUUUCCCAGAGACAGUUUAACAAUUAUAGCAUGCUAAUUGGAUAUUUUACUUGCAAAUCACAUAGCACUUAAUGAGGUGAACAUUAUUUGUGUUUACACAAAUCCCAAGAGUCAAACAAUAACAAAAACAAUAACAAAUCAGAUUUGAAAAAAGCACAGCAAAAGGAUGGUACACAUUGUACAUCAAAAGCAAUUCAGGCAAGACCAUCUAGAAUGCAAUUAAUAUCUGGUAGUACUGGAUUAUUUCUAUAAUUCUGUAUAAUAGAAACAUUGAUUCCAUGCCUAUUAGAUUUGUGUGGCACCCAGGGAAAACCCUCCACAGGGUCAAAUUUUAAAAAUUUUCUGCUGUAUAUAGUUCUAAAAUCUACAAAACAUUUUCCUGAAAAUAAAGUUCUAGCAUUUUAAAGUCUGGUUACUCCCAAAUUGAGAAACUAGCUUUUAAAUAUUCCAUUUUAACUCCACUGAAAGACUCUGUGGAAAUUAUCUUUACAUUUAUAAUCUAAGCUAAUUAUGGAAAAACAACAUUUCUGCCAAAUUGUAAAGAAUUAUAAGUUUACAAUGGGAAAUAAGUAAUCACUAUGGUUAUCAGCAUUACCCACAGACUCUGUCUCUUCAUCUGAGGUAAAAGGACACAUUUAUCUUUAAAUGUCCAUCCUCAAACUUUUACUUUGCAAACCUCUUGCCCAGCUAGCUAACCCUUCUUGCUAGAAUGGAUAUAUGAGGGACUUUCAUUCCUCAUUAAAUAAUUAUCAAUAAUUAGUCAUCUGGGCCUAAGGUGCCUGGUACUGAGCCUAACAUAGAAUUAAUCGAUUGUGACUAUAAGCAAUACUAAAAUAAAGAGAGAAAUCUUAAACAUUUUUGUAAUGUACAUUAAAUUCUCACUUUCCAUCUUGACCCUGAGAGUGCAGGGACAAGUGAGCAAAACCGCCAAAAAAAUAAUUAUGUUUCAUGGCCUAUAAAUGGCCGAAAAGUCAGUCUUACUGUCUGCAGAGUCCAGGGUGUUGACAGGCUGAGCUGUUAAUGUUUCCCACUGGCCCAAAUAUAAUUUGGACAUUGUGAAUUAAAGGUAAAAUAUUCAAGAUAUUUGUUCAUUUGUGCAGAUUUUAACAAGAAUGGUCAGUGCUCAUUUUUUAAGUUUAAAAUUUGCAUCAUAUGUUUUUCAUUAACCAGAGAUCAUUGAACAGCUAGGGGAUUCAGAAUAUUUCUUGUCCUAAAUUGAAUGCAAAUGUGUCACCAAAAAGCAAGCUUUAACCAAUAUCUUAAGCGAUAUAUAAAAGCUAAAGGUAAUAGUUGGGAUUGUUUUGUAAUGACCUGGCUAAGCUGAAUAUUGUAACAUUCUCCACUAUAUGCAUUACAUUUACAGCCUAUUGGAAUAUUGAUAUAAUAACCAAUUACAGUGAUGCAACACAGAAAUGGUAACUUGGCCUCAUCAUAACUUUCAAAAUUCCCUGAGCCAUGAGUGCAAGCACAUGUCCUUUCUCAAGUGUCUGGCUGGUUUCAGAGAGACUAUAACUUAUUCAGGAAUAUCCUUUAGCCAAAAGUGCUUCGGGUAAUUUCACCACUGCCUAGCAUAUAAUGAAAGUUAUAUGGCUGCCACUUUAGUCUGGAAAGAAAUCGCUGGAUGUAAUGAAAGCAUUUUAUAAAUCAUUCUCUGGAAUUUCCUGUAAAAUUUGUGUAACUUAUAUUGCAUGGCACUCCCCAUCUUUUGAUCCCAGAAUAAUGUGUGUUAAGUGAUUAUUAUGUCUGUUCACAUUAACUGUAAAUAAAGGUUUCUUGUGAUCAUA